AUGGGGGAUAUUGGUGGUGAGGAACCAGAGCAUUGGAACACAAAGGAACAAAAGGAGAAGAUUUUAGUCUUAGUGAGGUUGAGGCCUUCGGAUGUCAAAGAAAAUUCAAGGUACCAUGUCUCAGAUUGGGAAUGCAUUAAUGUGAACACCAUUAUAUACAAGAACAACCUCAGCUUACGACGGUCCCAGUUUCCAUCUGCCUAUACGUUUGAUAGAGUAUUUGACUACACCAUGAGUAUUAACUCAAGCAUUUUUGCAUAUGGGCAAACAAGUAGCGGAAAAACAUACACCAUGAGUGGAAUGACUGAAUAUGCAAUAUCAUAUAUAUAUAUAUAUAUAUAUAUAUAUGACUACAUGAAGAGGCAUAGAGAUAGAGAAUUUAAGUUGAAGUUCUCUGCCAUGGAGAUCUACAAUGAAGCUCUCAGAGACUUACUCAGCUCAAAUAGUGCUCCACUCAGACUUCUAGAUGAUGUAGAGAGAGUGACUGUUGUUGGCAAACUUACAGAGAAGACUCUGAGGGAUAGGAACCAUCUACAAGAGCUCUUUACCAUAUGUGAAGCCCAAAGACAGAUAGGGGAGACUGCCUUGAAUGAAACAAACUCCAAAUCUCAUCCAAUUCUCUGAUUGACAAUCGAAAGUUCUGCUCCUACAUUUGUAGGAGCUGAGAACUCAAGCAGUCUUGCAGCUACUAUAAGUUUUGUUGAUCUUACGGGGAGUAAACGUGCUUCUCAGAUAUUAUCAGAGGGUACAAGAUUGAAAAAAGGUUGCCACAUAAAUCGCAGUUUACUAACCUUGGGAACUAUUAUUCGCAAACUAAGCAAAUUAAGAAAUGCGCACAUACCAUAUAGAGGCUCUAAGCUAACACACAUUCUACAGAAUUCCUUAGGAGGCAAUGCUAGAACUACCAUCAUUUGCACUAUGAGCCCUACAUACAGUCAUAUUGAGCAAUCAAGAAACACACUACAACAAAAUAGUUGUGUUAAAGAGUUGUCAACAAAUGCACAUGUCAAUGUAGUGAUGUCAGAUAAGAUAUUGGUAAAGCAUUUGCAAAGAGAAUUAGCUAGACUAGAGAGUGAGUUGAAAAGUUUAGGAUUAAAUCAUGUUGCCAAUGACUCUACCGCACUACUAGAGAAGAAAGAGCUUCUGAUUAAAAAGAUGGAUAAAGAGACAAAAUAUUUAACUCACUCAUCUCAAUAUUUUAACCACGAGAAUGGCCUUAAUUCUAGAGGAGACAACCUACAGCUUCCUGAGGAUUCUGAAAACCACUUUCCAUUUGUUGAUGUUUCACCAAUACCCUCAAUGAAUACUCCAAUAUUUGUUGGGCCCGAUCCAUGUCAGGUGUGGGAGAAGACCAUUCAAGGACUGGAUAGGAACAUAGAAGAUGAUACUUCUUUACCUUGUCCUGAAGAGAAAGAUGGGAAGUUAUCUUUGACGGUGGCUGAGGAUACAAAUGUGAUAUCAUUCCUAAUGAAGGAAUAUAAGGAUUUGUGUCAUAUUGAUAAAGACACGUCUAGCUUUAGAAGCUUGAGGUUGAAUAGAAGCAGAAGUUGUAGACCAGUUAUCAUGACUAUCCAAUCUCCAUGGUUUGAUGAGGUAGAACAGGGUGAGAGCAUACUGCCAAAUGGUUUGGACAAAGAUUUCCCUGGAAGACCAAAAGGCUUCCUGCCAAAGCUUUAUGAAAUGGAGUUUAGUGAUGGCAGAAAAAAGUUUUCUAGACAAGAUUCUCAAACUUCUGUUAGAAGUGUUUCCCUGGAUGAAAAAACACAGAAUGUCAAGACAUCGGGUGAAUGGGAUACCAAUAGUGCCCACAAAUCUAUUGCACAAUUGAAUGAAAUGGUCGGAGUUCAGUCUGCAAUGGAACUUGGUGAUGAUAUGGUCAUGGAGCUGAUACCAGAUGUUGAUGACACUACAGGGAAAAUUUCUUUACACAAUGAGGAAUUGAGAGAAUUCUUCAAGGGAUUCUAA